CAGCUGUGCAGUUGCUCCUGUUUCUCAGUCGGCAUCGUAGCUACGUCUGGCGGCAGAGAGGAGCUGAGCUGACCAGGAUGAUUUAAUGGCGUCUGCACUGAUGGCUUGGGUUUGGAUUCUUUUAACACUAGCUCAGCUCAACAACGCAGGAAGCCACCGGUACGCUCAUGGACAUUUGACCGGCCAGGACGAGCUUUAUGACUGCAGUGUUGGACCGUCUGAUGCUGCUGUGAGAGCCAGGACCCACAAGACUUUCUUUGCACCAGUCUGGAAAUUCCUCCAAGCUUCAGGAGCCUCAGAUUUCAACCAGCCACAGUAUCGCUGCAGUGAUGGAACACUUUCCCUGCGCUUUUCACUCAUCAGGUUCUCAAAUCUGCGUCUAGAAGAUGGGUCGCUGUUGUUGUCACUUUCUGACAAGUGUCAUUGUUCCAUUCAGAUAUAUAGAUGGUGGCUGAUUGUGAAGUUUCCCUUUACUUGCUGCCAGAAUGCAAUGCAGAUUGGAGACAGGAAGGGAUACCGCCCACUGAAACUGCAAUAUUUUGAUCAUCUGAUGAAGACAAACAUGACAGGUGCAGCCCACUGUGAGAAUACAGCAAUGUCAGAGCCAACAGUGUACCCACUGGUGACUUGUAGGGCAACACAUGUCACAGUGAAGCUGCCACAUGGAACCAAACUGAGGAGGGUGAAAGUGCUUGAUAAUUUCAACAACAAAGGAUACUCCAUGAGACAAAGGAAGACUCCCAGUGCUUUGGUUGUGGAGAUAUUACUGCUACCAUAUAUGGACUCUGGCUUUGAACUGGUUUAUCUAGACUCUGCUGGGACACUUUGCACAAUGCUGGCAGUUUGUUGCCAAACAACAGUAGGGCAUCGUGUUGAGAGAGAUCUACAGGAACCAGAUGUAUUUGACUUGUGGGACUUUGAAGAUAUUCCUGUUGAACCAUUUGAUCCAGACACAACAACAACAACAACAACACAAACAGCAGCUAACUCGGCAACUAAUACCAAUGAGGACAGUAAUAAUACAGACACGGACAGUGAUGAAACGGAUUAUACAGAUGAGAACAAUGAAUAUACAGAUGGAGAAAAUGAUGAUGAUGAAGGAUUUUAUGAAUUGUGGGGGCUUGAGGAAAUUCCUGAAGAGCCAUAUAUUGGAGUAGACAUAGAAAUUACAACAGCUGCCACGGUGACUACUACCACAAUCACAGCUGCUCCCGCCACAACCAGUACUACUGCAACCACAGCUGCCCCUGCCACAACCAGUACGACUGCAACCACAGCUGCUCCUGCCACAACAAUUACUACUGCAACCACAGCUGCUCCUGCCACAACAAUUACCACUGCGACCACAGCUGUCCCUGUCAGAAUUACCACUGCAACCACAGCUGCCCCCAUCACAACUACCACUGCAACCACAACAGCCCCUGUCACAACUACUGCAACCACAGCUGCUCCUGCCACAACAAUUACCACUGCGACCACAGCUGUCCCUGUCAGAAUUACCACUUCAACCACAGCUGCCCCCAUCACAACUACCACUGCAACCACAACAGCCCCUGUCACAACUACUGCAACCACAGCUGCUCCUGCCACAACAAUUACCACUGCGACCACAGCUGUCCCCAUCACAACUACCACUGCAACCACAGCUGCUCCUGCCACAACAAUUACCACUGCAACCACAACUGCCCCUGUCACAACUACUGCAACCACAGCUGCUCCUGCCGCAACAAUUACCACUGCAACCACAACUGCCCCUGUCACAACUACUGCAACCACAGCUGCUCCUGCCACAACAAUUAGAACUGCAACCACAGCUGCCCUCGUCACAACUACUACUGCAACCACAGCUGCUCCUGCCACAACAAUUACCACUGCAACCACCGCUGCUCCUGUCACAACUACGACUGCAACCACAGCUGCUCCCGUCACAACUACAACGGCAACAACAGCUGCCCCUGCCACAACAAUUACCACUGCAACCACAGCUGCUCCUGCCACAACAAUUACCACUCUGCCCCUGCCACAACAAUUACCACUGCAACAACAGCUGCCCCUGCCACAACAAUUACCACUGCAACCACAGCUGCUCCACUGCUCCAGUCACAACUACUACUGCAACCACAGCUGCUCCCGUCACAACUACAACUGCAACAACAGCUGCCCCUGCCACAACAAUUACCAUUGCAACCACCGCUGCUCCUGUCACAACUACUACUGCAACCACAGCUGCUCCUGCCACAACAAUUACCACUGCAACCACAGCUGCUCCUGUCACAACUACCACUGCAACCACAGCUGCUCCUGCCACGACAAUUACCACUCUGCUCCAGUCACAACUACUACUCCAACCACAGCUGCUCCUGCCACAACAAUUACCACUGCAACCACAGCUGCUCCCACUGCAACCACAGCUGCCCCUGUCACAACUACUACUGCAACCACAGCUGUUCCUGCCACAACCACUACAACUCCAACCACAGCUGCUCCCGCCACAACCACUACAACUGCAACCACAGCAGCCCAUGUCACAACUACUGCAACCACAGUCGCUCCUGCCACAACCAUCACUACUGCAACAACAGCUGCUCCCGCUGCAACUACUGCAACUGCAACCACAGCUGCUCCUACCACAACAAUUACCACUGCAACCACAGCUGCCCCUGCCACAACUACUUCUGCAACCACAGCUGCUCCUACCACAACAGUUACUACUGCAACCACAGCUGUUCCUGCCACAACCACUACAACUGCAACCACAGCUGCCCCUGCCACAACCACUAAAACUGCAACCACAGCUGCUCCUGUAACAACAAUUACUACUGCAACCACAGCUGCUCCUGUUACAACUACUACUGCAACCACAGCUGCCCCUGCCACAACAAGUACUACUGCAACAACAGCUGGCACAACCACUGUUGCUCCCACCACAGCUUCUACUACCACAACCACAUUUGCCCCUGCCAUAACAUCUACAACUACUGCUGUAUCUACCUCUGCCAUGAGUACUACUGCUUCAACAACCACAGCUGCCCCUGCUACAACUACUAUGGCAUCAACAGCUUCCCCCACUACAACAACAACUUUAGCUACAACAGUGAGCUACCCCCAAACAACCACAACUUUAAACAACUUUUCUACCACAACAAGAAAUCCAUCAUCAACAACCUUUUUCACAACGGGACUUAUAUUCCCCUUGACAACAGAUGCUCCCUCAACCACCACAGAUGCCCCCUCAACAACAACCCCCUUUACUCCAGUUACCAGUACCCCCCUUAUGAGCACAACCAGUGCACCCUCUACAACAACCAAUUCAUUUUCAACCAGAAGUGGUCCCCCCUCAACCACAACCCCAGCCACCCCCUCGACCUCAACGACAGAUGACCGCUCUACCACAACAGCACUGAGCUCUAGCCUAGCAAGCAGCAACCCUUCAACUACAACAACCAACGCCCUUCCGACCACAACUGGUUCUUUCUCCACUACACCCACCAGCUCCUCAUCAACCAUGACCCCUGAUGCACCUUUGGCUACAACAACAGAUGUCCCCUCUACCACAGCAAUAGUGGUUUCCUCUUCCACAACAGUAGAUCCCUCUACCACAGCAACAGUGCCCCCUGCUACAACAACAUCAGGGCCCCUUUUAACAACAACUAGCAACCCCUCAACUACAACAGGCUUCCCCUCAACUAUGACUGUCAGCCCCUCAUCAACCUCAACAACCAAUAUCCCUAUUACCAGUACAAGUUUUGCUUCAACCACAAGCCCUGAUGCUACCUCGACCACAAAAAAUGUGGGCUCUUUAAGCACAACAGCAAUUGCCCCCUCUACCCUAAUAACCAGCAAUCCCUCAACUUCAACAACCAGCAACCCUUCAACUUCAAUAACCAGCUUCCUACCUUCUAGCACAACCAGUGCAUCCUCUUCAACAACAGCCAACUCAUUUUCAACGACAAGUGGUCCCCCCUCAACCACAACCCCUGUCACCCCCUUGACUUACACAACAGAUGCCCCCUCUACCACAACAGCAAUUGCCUCCUCCACCCUAAUAACCAGCAAUCCCUCAACUUCAACAACCAGCAACCCUCCAACUUCAAUGACCAGCUUCCUACCUUCUAGCACAACCAGUGCAUCCUCUUCAUCAACAACCCCCUUUACUCCAGUUACCAGUACCCCCCUUAUGAGCACAACCAGUGCACCCUCUACAACAACCAAUUCAUUUUCAACCAGAAGUGGUCCCCCCUCAACCACAACCCCAGUCACCCCCUCGACCUCAACGACAGAUGCCCCCUCUACCACAACAGCACUGAGCUCUAGCCUAGCAAGCAGCAACCCUUCAACUACAACAACCAACGCCCUUCCGACCACGACUGCUUCUUCCUCCACUACACCCACCAGCUCCUCAUCAACCAUGACCACUGAUGCACCUUUGGCUACAACAACAGAUGUCCCCUCUACCACAGCAAUAGUGGUUUCCUCUUCCACAACAGUAGAUCCCUCUACCACAGCAACAGUGCCCCCUGCUACAACAACAUCAGGGCCCCUUUUAACAACAACUAGCAACCCCUCAACUACAACAGGCUUCCCCUCAACUAUGACUGUCAGCCCCUCAUCAACCUCAACAACCAAUAUCCCUAUUACCAGUACAAGUUUUGCUUCAACCACAAGCCCUGAUGCUACCUCGACCACAACAAAUGUUGGCUCUUCAAGCACAACAGCUAUUGCCCCCUCUACUCUAAUAACCAGCAAUCCCUCAACUUCAACAACCAGCAACCCUUCAACUUCAAUUACCAGCUUCCUACCUUCUAGCACAACCAGUGCAUCCUCUUCAACAACAACCAACUCAUUUUCAACCACAAGUGGUCCCCCCUCAACCACAACCCCAGUCCCCCCCUUGACUUCAACAACAGAUGCCCCCUCCACCACAACAGCAAUUGCCUCCUCCACCCUAAUAACCAGCAAUCCCUCAACUUCAACAACCAGCAACCCUCCAACUUCAAUGACCAGCUUCCUACCUUCUAGCACAACCAGUGCAUCCUCUUCAACAACAACCAACGCAUUUCCAACCACAACUGGUUCUUCCUCCACUACACCCACCAGUGCAUCCUCAUCAACCAUGACCCCUGGUGCACCUUUGGCUACAACAGAUGUCUCCUCUACCACAGCAAUAGUGGUUUCCUCUUCCACAACAGUAGAUCCCUCUACUACAGCAACAGUGCCCCCUGCUACAACAACAUCAGGACCCCUUUUAACGUCAACAACUAGCAACCCCUCAACUACAACAGGCUUCCCCUCAACUAUUACUGUCAGCCCCUCAUCAACCUCAACAACCAAUAUCCCUAUAACCAGUGCAACAAGUUAUGCUUCAACCACAAGCCCUGAUGCUACCUCGACCUCAACAAAUGUUGGCUCUUCAAGCACAACAAUAGAUGCCCCCUCCACCACAACAGCAAUUGCCUCUUCCACCCUAAUGACCAGCAAUCCCUCAACUUCAACAACCAGCUACCCUUCAACUUCAAUUACCAGCUUCCUAGCUUCUAGCACCACCAGUGCAUCCUCUUCAACAACCAACUCAUUUUCAACCUCAAGUGGUCCACCCUCAACCACACUCCCAGAUACUCCCUUGACCUCAACGACUGAUGCCCCCUCUACCACAACAGCAUUUACCUCCUCAAGCCUAGCAACAAGCAACCCUUCUACUACAACAACCAACGCCCUUCCAACCACAACUGGUUCUUCCUCCACUACAACCACCAGCUCCUCAUCAACCAUGACACCAGAUGUCUCCUCUACCACAACCGCACUGCCUGCCUCAACCACAAUGUCUAUCUCAACAACAACGAAUGUCCUCCAAACAACAACCGGUUUCCUUUCAUCCAGCACAACCAGCAUCGCUUCUACUACCACCAGUGCACACCCAACCACUACCAGUGUACCUCAGACUACAACCAGUGCUCCCCUCACCGUCACCAGUGCACUGCCUACUUCUACCAGUGUGCUUCUCACCACAACUAGUGGCCCCUUUACGACCACUGGGCUUGGCUUGACAACAACAGGCAGUAACCCCUUAACGACCACAAUGGACAGCUCACUAACCACCAGCGACACGUCCUCUUUCUCCUCCUCCACGAUGGCAGUCUCCUCUACAACGACAUAGAGAAUUGAUAUUAGGCAACUUGGAAAUGUGACACAAGCACUUUUUAAUCAAUUGUAAAAAAGUAAAAAAAAUUCCAGAAUAUAUUGAACAUUGACUUGUACAUUUCCCUAUAUUUUUACUUAAUGUUGGUAUAUCUUUUACAUAAACCUGACCUGAAUCAUUUA